AUGCCCCUCCAGUCCGAGCGUCACCUCGUAAGCCGCCUGGCCAGGAAGGAGGUGCCCGAGGACCCGCGGGUGUCGGCGCUAUUGUCGCUGGCGAAGAGCACCGCCCAGAACAGCGCGACCAGGGGCAGCGACGCAUUCGCGAAGGUCAACGCCGCCAUCGAUAACAUGGUUGCCGACCUGACCGACCAGCAGAAGACGGACGCAAAGGAAAAAGACUACUGUGUCCAGGAGAUGGCCGUCAACGAGCGCGAGACCUCGAAGAAUCAACACAAAAUGGAGAACCUGCAAGCACUCGUCGGUGAUCUCACGAGGGCGAUCGAGCAGCUCUCCAAGGAGAUCGACGCCAGGAAGAAGGACAUCACUGAGAUGCAGAAGGAGAUGAAGAAGGCGUCCGAGAUACGAGAGGCCGAGGCCGCGGACUUCCACGCCACGAUCGUCGACCAGCAGCUCACCCAGGCGAUCCUGAGGAAGGCGCUGGACCGCAUGUCGAAGGUGUACGCCCUGGCGCAGGCUCGCGAGGCCGCGCUCUUGCAGGCGCAGCAGGACCAGGCGGCACCUGCCGGAGGCGAUCAGCCAGGUGCUCCGCACAUCCAGACUUCAGGCACUGCUACAGACCCUGGCAACGGGCCUGCACGUUUCAGCGAGUACGAGAAGAGCAAGAAAGGGGGUGCCGUGCUCCAGAUGAUCGAGGCCAUCAUCGCG